GCCGCCUGGCGCUCCUGCGGAGGUGGCUGGGGACCGGUCGGAGGCGGGGGAAGUGGUGCUAGUCGGGGAGAGUCUCGCUGGGCUGCGCUGGGCCCGAGAGUCGUCACCGAUCUCGUCGAUGGCGGGCUCGGAGGACCUGCGCGGUCUGGAAGAACUCUACCUGGAGGGCACCACUUCGCCCAUGUCCUGCGACAACACGGUCCAGGAGGUGGCCGCUGAUCUCAGCACCACCAAACACUAACCGCCGUAAUGGAGGGGCUAAGGGAUCUGACCACGGUCAAGAUCCAGAAUAAAGGGGGGGGUAAGGCACUAGUCAUCUCAUCAGCCUACCUUCCUUACGAGGCGGCGGAUCCCAUCACCACACAACUGCGGGAUCUCGUCGACUACGGCAGCCGGGCGAACACUGACCUGAUCAUCGGCUGCGAUGCGAAUGCACACCACGUCAUCUGGGGAAGCUCGGAUGUCAACAGAAGAGGAGAGAAGGUACCGGAAUUCCUGGUAAGCUCUUCACUACAACUCUUGAAUAAAGGCAAUGAGCCGACAUUCGUCAAUGCUAGGCGAGGUGAGGUCAUUGAUAUAACGCUAGCGUCCAACAACGCAAUCCAAGAGCGUAUGUCCGCCAUCUUGCGCGUGCGCAUGAACGUGUACGUGUAA